UAACCUGCUGAGCUUCCUUAGAUGACAUGGUUUAUAUACAAUUCACUCUACAUCUGAUUUUAAUUUGAUUGCUUUUUAUUCUUUGAUUUUUCCAGAGAAGCAACAUCUUCAGGAUGGCACCAAUACUACUAGAUAACAUUACUCCAGAAAGAAGUGAAUAUAUUGAACAUGAGGAGGUGCAUGUGAAGAACCCACAUCUGCACUCAAUGGAAGAAGACAUCCUGUACCAUUUUAAUUUGAGCACGAAAACACAUAACCUGCCAGAAAUGUUUGGUGACAUAAAGUUUGUCUGUACCGGUGGCAGCGCCAACAGAAUGAAGGCUUUUGCAGAAUUCAUGCAGAAAGAACUUGGAUUAGAUGGAGAAAAUGGUGUUGAGGACAUUUGUGCUGGAACUGACAGAUACUCAAUGUAUAAAACAGGACCAGUGCUCUCAAUAAGUCAUGGCAUGGGUGUUCCUUCCAUCUCAAUAAUGCUGCAUGAACUGAUAAAACUUCUGCACCAUGCCAGAUGCCGUGAUGUUGUUCUCAUUCGAAUUGGCACCUCUGGUGGGAUAGGUCUUGAACCAGGCACAGUGGUGAUAACAGACACUGCAGUGGACUCCUUCUUUCAGCCACACUUUGAGCAGGUGGUACUAGGCAAAGUCAUUGUGAGAAGUACUGAGCUGGAUAAAAGUUUAGCUCAGGAGUUGCUACAGUGUGGCAGAGAGAUUCUAAACCUUUGUACCGUCAUUGGCAAAACCAUGUGUACCUAUGACUUCUAUGAAGGUCAGGGUCGUCUAGACGGUGCUUUAUGCUCCUUCUCUACGGAGGAGAAGUUGGAGUACCUGAGAAGGGCAAAGGAGGCUGGCGUUACAAACAUUGAAAUGGAGUCCACCGUCUUUGCAGCAAUGUGCCGGGUCUGUGGUUUAAAAGCUGCCGUUGUGUGUGUCACAUUACUGGAUCGGUUUAAAGGCGACCAGAUCACUGCUUCACAUGAACUUCUACAGGAAUAUCAACUUCGUCCUCAGUAUUUGGUAUCCCACUUCAUAAAGAAGCGCCUGCAGCUACUCUAAUGUGAGCCUCUCUAGAAUAACCGUCGCGUUUGAGUCCAUUUGCAUGUAAAUAAAUGUUUAUUGUGUAUAUUUUGUAGACCUUGGAACAGUGAUGUAUCAUUAGAAAUGUGCUGUACAGCUUGUGUGACUAAUGUGUGUAAAUAUUCUGAUCUGUCGUAGGUAAGUAGAAAGAUGAAGAAAUGAUAGUUAAAAUAUUUGACUUUAAUUUGCUGGAAAUUGGCUUUUUUAACAGGAGUCAGACCAAUUGUAUAAAUCCCAGAAGUUCCCUGUUUUGCCAAUUAGAAAUUAAUAAGUGUAAAUUUUAAAAGUAAUUUCAUUUGAAAACCAACUGUAGGAGUGAUGUUGUACUUUCAAUUUCCAUACUGUGACUUUGUUGCUCGUAUUGACCUGUUCAUAAAUAUGCUCACAUUUCCAAAAACAGCUCACAUUUCUUGUAAGACAUGCGUUUUAAAAAUGAAACAAAUAAUUAUCAUCAGAGCUACAGUUUGGCAGGCCCUUAAAAACUGAAAUGUCUGCACCUGGACUCCUGGAACUGUCCAUUUACUGCACCAUAACCCAGGAGUGUGAUGGAACAUUUAAUGUGUGUUGUGUUCUGGGUAAUAGACGCUGUUUUUAUGGCUGCAUGUCUGUCGGGUAAAGCUGCCGGCCUAUUGCCUUGUGGUGUGUUUAUGUGUGUGUUGAAUUGACACUUUGACACCGGUACAGUUAUAAAAAUGAAAAAGCUUUUCUUAAGUGUAGCAUUUGAAGAGGCGUACUGAACAUUUUACCCACAUUUCUACAUCACUCUAAGGUCACAGAUUGUUUAAAUUAAAUUUAUAUUUACUCAUAUUGAUGCUAUCGAAAAAUAAACAGAAUGUUACAUUAAGUGAACAAGAGCUAAGUCUUCAGAUCCCUUUGAUCCAUUGUCUAAAUCCAUUUAAUCCAAAUAUUAGCUCAAGGGCAACUGCAGCUGCCCUCACACCAUUAAAUGCAAGGCACUCAGCCUUUGGUGGGCUGCCAGCUCAUCACAGGGCCAGAGAUUUUCCAGUCCUUUUCAAAAGUAGGGUGGCCCAGUGGUGAGCCAGCAUCCUGGGUUUGAGUCCCAUUUAUGACUAAAUAUGUGAGUGUUGAGCCAUAGCACAAACCACUGUGCCAUCAUGAUGCUCCAUUAGCAUGCUGUACGGUUCUUAAACCUUCUUAAUCCAAUUCAGGAUCACAAGGGACAGGAGCCCACAAGCACUGAGCACAAGGCAGGGAACAGCCCUGGAUAGGGUACCAGUCCAUCCCAGGGUCCACUCACACACAGCCACAUUGGGGCCAACUCAGAGUCACCAGUUAACCUAAUCUGCAGGUCUAUGGGAAUGUGGGAGGAAACCCCCCCGGACACGAGGAGAACAUACAAACUGCACACAGAGUGGCCUGAGUCGGAAAGCUAGGAAGCUGGAUCUGUUAGGCAGCACUGCUAAACGUCUCCAGUAACAACUGCUCAGAUAUUUUUUUAUAUCUGAGAAAUAACUUAUAAGAUUUUAAAAAUCAUUGUUAAACUGAAAUCUAAAUGUUUGCAAUUGGCUCAAAAGUUCUAGAUUAUUAUCCUACAGUGGCGGCAUGGUGGUGCAGUGAUGGCACUGCUGCCUCGCAGUAAGCAGACCAGGGUUUGCGUUCUGUGGAGUUUGCAUGUUCUCCCCACAUCUGUCCAGAGACGUGCAGGUUUGGUGAACUGGCAGGUGCUAAUCUUGCGCUGAUGUGUGUUUGGUGUGUGUGUUUGCCCUGCAGUGGACUGGCAUGCUGUCCAUGGUUUGCUCCUGCCUUGUGCUUUAUGCUAGCUGGGACUGGGCUUGGAAAAUGACAUUAUCCCAUAGAUCUACAAACACAGACAUUGUCUGACAGCUCUCCACUUUCGUCUUUGAUAACAUGUGAUGUUGGUCUGAAGGGGAAAGUUGCUCAUAUGGACAUCUGUGUGAUCUUUCAAUGGGAUCAUUUAGAAGUCUCUCAAUACUUCCACACACUUUGAAACCAUUUGGUUUUUUUUUUGUCAAGCGCCUUGUGUCUCACCAAUGAUGUCUCCACAUAUGAUGUACCAUUCGACUCAUCUUGAUGUCUAGUUAUGUCAAGAUGAUGAGAUUUCUAGGGUUCCCUCCUAUUGUCUGGCCCUGUAGACUCAAAACAGACAUCAGUAGAAGGCCAUUUUGUACCAUAUUUGGGAAAAUGAAUCCCAUGUGAUAAAGAGUCAACUAAUAGGUGUCUUCAGCAAAAUUGAUCAGAAGGACUUGAAGUUAUGCAAACCACAUCAAGUGACCCCUGGGGAUAUGAGGGGUCAAAGUUACUCCUUUUUACAAAAGUUUAAUCAGUAAUAUUGGUGGCUGAAGUGUUGUUCAAGGUUAGUGCUCACAAAUACAGUAAUACAUUUGAUAUUUGAUUCUUUACCGGUGGUCCUAACCCUCUAAGAGCCACUUCAGAAGGCUAAAAAUGACAAAUGUAUAUUACAAUCGAGAAUAUUUAGAUUUUAACACAUUUAAAUUGAAGCACACGUUUUAAUGUUUCAAAUACUUGAUGACACUUUUCUUGCUUAUUAUUGUACUUCUACCUCAUCAAGUCAAUCAAUGCAUUUCUAAUGAAUACCCUGAGUGAGGGCGGCUGUCGCUAAUUCAGGCGUUUUUUUAAUUUUCAUUUCAAUUUAUACUCACACUGCCCUCUUCUAAGAGCACAGGUGUAGGCCACUUACAUGGAUUUACAACAGAGCUCCUCUAGCCCAUUAUGUUAAAAUAGUCAGUCAGUCAGUCAUUCUCUAACCCGCUACAUCCUAACACAGGGUCACAGGGGUCUGCUGGAACCAAUCCCAGCCAACACAGGGCGCAAGGCAGGGACAAAGGCCGGGCAGGGCGCCAGCCCACCACAGAUGUUAAAAUAGUUUUAUUUUGAAUAGCAGCUUUAUGUAUAGUAAGAAAAAAAAUAGCAGAUAUUUCAUUAAAUGUGCAUUUGCUGAGGUCCUAAAAACUAAAAAGUCAAAUCUUGUAUUUAGACAUAAGUUAAUUACUCAAUGAAUAAAUGAAAUACUGCAGUGGGUUGGCACCCUGCCCGGGAUUAGUUCCUGCCUUGUGCCCUGUGUUGGCUGGGAUUGGCUCCAGCAGACCCCCGUGACCCUGUGUUCGGAUUCAGCGGGUUGGAAAAUGGAUGGGUGGAUAAAUGAAAUAAUGACACAUCAUCCGGUUUUUCAUGAAAUUAAAAAAAGAGUUGGGUCAGUAAAUAAUUAUUUGAUGUCAGUUUUAACAUUCAUAAAAUAUCUUUGUGUAAUGUCUUUUUUUCUUUACGUGCAGUACUAAAGAAGCAUGAAUUAAAUAACUAGGUAAA